CUUCAGGAAGAGCACCGGCUCGCUCGGCACGGCGCUCUGCAUCUCCCUGGCGUGCUCCGCGUAGUUCCUGCCCACGCACACGAUGUUCUUUCCCCACUCCCAGAAGCGGGACAACGGCCUGGGGGCUGCCAUGUCCCGGCCGGGCGACCCCGAAGUCACGUGACUCCGCAGGAACCCGGUCACCUGAUGCCUACGGCGCCCGGGAGAGAACCAACUACCUCUGAGCGCCGUCCCGUCGGCUACGGCCAGUUCCUCUCUGCGCUCUACCGGGCGCUCGGGAGUCGCAGCGCUCCAACUCCUGGGAGCCGCUGCGCCGGUCCGCCGCGGGCUGACGCUGUUUUCUGUCGACACAGGCUCGUAGCCCCCGCGCAGGCAGGCCGCCUGGGGUCGGGAAAAGGCGCCGCGGCGCUUGAGUCAGGCUUGGCGGGGGCUGAAGACAGCGGGGUCACUGGUCAGCUGGGGGUUGCUGCAGGAACUGCGCCCGGUCGUGGCAUCAGGACGCCAGGGCUCCUGUGCCGUGUCAGCCUGGCGUGGCCUCCUGUGGACGCUGACCGGGGUUGCCCUUUGUCUUCAGGUCCGGCCCUGCUGGGUGUCCUUCUCCAUCACACGGACCGUAGGAAGAGCUCCACCAUGGACCAGGGAACCCUGAGGGUCGAGUCGUUGCCUGCGCUGACCGACAACUACAUGUACCUGAUCAUCGACGGCGAGACCAAGGAGGCCGCCAUCGUGGACCCGGUGCAGCCUCAGAAGGUCGUAGAAACGGUGAGAAAGCACGGCGUGAAGCUGACCACAGUGCUCACCACCCACCACCACUGGGACCACGCUGGUGGGAACGAGAAGCUGGUCAAGUUGGAGCCUGGGUUGAAGGUGUGUGGGGGCGAUGACCGGAUCGGGGCACUGACUCACAAGGUCACGCAUCUGUCCACACUGCAGGUGGGGUCUCUCAACGUCAAGUGCCUGUCGACACCGUGCCACACUUCCGGCCACAUCUGCUACUUCGUGAGCAAGCCUGGGAGCUCUGAGCCUCCUGCUGUGUUCACAGGCGACACCUUGUUCGUGGCUGGCUGUGGGAAGUUCUACGAAGGGACAGCGGACGAGAUGUACAAAGCCCUGCUUGAGAUCCUGGGCCGGCUCCCUCCAGACACGAGAGUGUACUGCGGCCACGAAUAUACCAUCAACAACCUCAAGUUCGCGCGCCACGUGGAGCCCAACAAUACUGCCAUUCAGGAGAAACUGGCCUGGGCCAAGGAGGUGGAGAAGGAAUUCUCAGGAGGAGUGAAUACUGGAGGAAGCAGGGAAUAUUCUAAAACACCCAGCUUGUUUUCACCAGAAGGAGAAGUAUGGUAUCGGGGAGCCCACAGUGCCGUCCACCAUCGCGGAGGAGUUCACCUACAACCCGUUCAUGAGAGUGAGCCUGGCCUUCGGCUUCCGCAGGGAGAAGACGGUGCAGCAGCAUGCUGGCGAGACGGACCCGGUGACCACCAUGAGGGCCAUCCGCAAAGAGAAGGACCAUUUCAAGGUGCCCCGGGACUGAGGUGGCCGUAGGGCCUGGGGCGCCCGUGGCCGCUGCCGCCUUCAAGCACAUUUUGGGUGUUCGGAUGUUUUAGGUGAAUUUCCUGCCAUGAGUGCAGGAAAUUCAAUUUGGCUUAAUUUUAAAUUAAUUUCAGAGCCCUUUGCCAGUGUUAUCAGAUGUUCUAAUGCAUAUUUAUAAGAGAAGUCUAGAAAAUGUAUUAUUCCCCGA